AUGCCUUUCGACCGCGAUGUGCUUCGGGAGUUCGACGCUGAGCUGGCUCGCGUCUGGCAUUUUAUCCUCGAAAGCAUAUUUGAGAACUGUGUUCCGUACGCAAAAGAGACCAAAGGCGGGUUCCUGGUCUCCGAGAUAGCGGGGCCAGGAUACGAGUUACUCACGAAUGAGGAAGACCUCCUGACCUUCACCAUGGCCAACCAGUGCGACAAAGCUGCUCACGUUCUGCUUCCGAUCGUAAGGAAGAUGUUCGGAGACAGAGGCAAACGAGUCCGAGUUUCACGAGUCGAUGUCACGCCUAAACGAGCAUGCAUAGAGUUCUAUCGAAUCAACGACAGUCGUGCUCGAUCCCACACGUUUAUUCAGAUUAUGAUCGGCAAGGAACAGCUGGUUAUCGACCCAACCAAGGCGCAGUUCGGAUUCCAAGAGUGCGGGUUGUGGCUGCGCGAAUUCCUGAAGAGUUACGGUGUACACCACGAAAACACCAAUCCUCGCACCUUUACGUGGGAAGAGCACCAGAAGGAAUGGGAAUCGAUCGCAAUGCUCGCCGACGGUCUUGCUGUUGAAGGCGAAUACGAUCUCAGAUUCAGCCAAUGCCUUGGUGAGCGCUUGGGCGAGGCAUACGAUGCCUGGCGUCUCCGCCUCGGUGAUGAGUUGAAUGCUGUGGAGGUACUCAGCAGAGCAAGAGAAAGUAGGGAAAGCUUUAGAGAAGCUGUAACGAAGGUGGUAGAUGAUGUGCUUAAGGAGAAGGGAAAAAAGGUGUGCCGCUUUCCUAAGAAGAAGAGCGACGAUCUUGUCGGGGAGAGUACAUAG